UUAGUACCCGACUCUUCCGGACUCCACCCGCUCCCGUAUCGUCGAAAUACGUCACUCAGUUCGCAUCAGUUCCCAAUCCAAAACACAAAACCAGCAGUCCAGACGAGCACGAGAGAAAGAGAGAGAGAGCGCAAAGAUCCGAAUCGAAUCGAAUCCGAAUCGUUUCAUCUCCUACCCGAAAAAGGUAAACAAAACCCUAGCUAUUUCCCAUCUAUCUCUCUCUUUCUGUCUCUCGCAAAGCCCUAGCCGUCGAAAUUAGGGUUUCCCUCCAAAACCGGUGUCCCGAAAAAUAACCACCAUUCGAAAUCGCGAAUUAGAGUUUAGGGAUUAUUUCUCUUCUCUUUUCGUUUUCUUUUUACAUGUAUGGCGUCGGGGCCUCUGGUUGGGGGCGGUGGCGGCAGCGGCGACGGACCUUCUCGCGACAAGCAGCGAUGGAUGGAGCACAAAGUCUACAGGAGGAAGUCAUUCAACAAGAGCCGAAUCUCCGGUCCGGCGCAACAAACCGAGCCCCAGCCAUCGCAACCCCAGCCUCCCUCUUCUCAAACCCUAACCCCUACAGAAGAAGCCAUAUCUCCUAACCAUCAUCAGCAGGAGCAGCGCGAGCAGCAGCACCAUGGUGCCGCGUCUGACGAUUCUUCCAGCCUCAACCGCCUCCCUGCCCCAGGCCCCACCGUCGCCCGGGACCCGCCUCCUUCCUCCAAUGGUUUCUUACCGCGCCUCCAGGACAACCGCGUCACCAUCAACCUCGCUUCGCGGUCGAAGCAGGACCUUCGCGACCUCCGCCGCCAGCUUAUCCGCGAGCUCGACCAGGUCCGCUCCCUCGUCAGGAGGCUCGAGUCACGUGUGCCCCAUGGCUACGCCCACUCACAGCUCUCUGCAAACAACGCUGCGGACGAUAGUGGCCUGGCUCCUGCUGCCCCCAAAAGAAUGAACUCCGAAGCCAUGUCCAUCAAGCCCCGCGAGCCCCGCACAUUCCAUCCACUCAGCGUCUCUACUGUUCCGAACAGUGACACUAUCAUAGAGAAGGAGAAGCGCACGCCAAAGGCCAACCAGUACUACCGCAAUUCUGAAUUCCUCCUUGGGAAAGAGAGGCUCCCGCCACCUGACAGUGGUAAGAAAUCGAAAUCCAACGGCAGGGAUUAUGGCGGGUCGCCAGUGGAUCGGAACCUGAACCAGGCUAUCAAGAACUGUGCCUCUCUGCUGUCAAAGCUGAUGAAGCAUAAGCAUGCGUGGGUAUUCAACAGCCCGGUUGAUGUCAAGGGGCUCGGCCUGCAUGAUUACCACACCAUCAUCAAGCACCCAAUGGACCUUGGCACUGUGAAGUCCCGCCUCAGUAAGAACUGGUACAAAUCCCCACGUGAGUUCGCGGAGGAUGUCAGACUAACAUUCCAGAAUGCCAUGGCAUAUAACCCAAAAGGGCAGGACGUCUAUAUCAUGGCCGAACAGCUGUCAGAGUUAUUCGAACAGCGGUGGGCUGUUAUAGAGGCAGAAUACAGUCGCAGGCCUAGAUUUGAUUACUUGGACAGGGAAGUGGCCCCUCCUUUUGUAACCACUCCCCAUGUCAUGAAAAAGGCUCCUCCUCCACCACUGGAAUUGACACGGUCUCUGGAUAGGUCAGAGUCAACGACCCGGCUGAUAGAUUCAAAGCCAAUUGCAGUGAGUUUUACUCCGACGGGCCGGGUGGCAGUUCCCAAGAAGCCGAAAGCAAAGGAUCCUAACAAGCGGGACAUGACGUACGAGGAGAAACAGAGGCUGAGCACGAACCUUUUGAGCCUUCCUCCAGAGAAGCUGGACAACAUUGUGCAGAUUAUCAAGAAGAGGAAUUCGGAUCUCAGCCAGCAUGAUGACGAAAUUGAAGUGGACAUUGACAGCUUCGAUGUGGAGACUCUGUGGGAACUUGAUCGCUUUGUGACAAAUUACAAGAAGAGCUUGAGUAAGAACAAGAGGAAGGCUGAACUUGCCAUUCAAGCAAAAGGGGAAGCUCGGAAUAAUAAUGCCCAGGAAACGAAUCCAAUACGUGCCGCGGUAGAGGCUCCAAAGGAAAGUAAAAUAACAGAUGAGAAGAAUGUCGCUUCUUCAUCACCUGUUGAAGGAGAGAAGCCUGGGGAAAAUGCUAGUAGAUCAAGUAGUUCGAGCAGCUCUAGCAGUGACUCUGGAUCCUCUUCAAGUGAUUCGGACAGUGAAAGUUCCUCUGCGUCGGAUGCAGGACAUUCACCCAGGACAUGACAGGGUUCUAUUCAGUGAUGAUGAUUUUCCCCCCUUUUGAUUUGGGAAUUAUUUGGCCUCUACUUGGUGCACCGUUGGGAGAGUGAGAACCAGCAAUGUUGCAAGGGUGAUGACCAACUGAAAUAUCUUGCACAGUGAUGAUGAUUUUUGCCUUUGGAUUUGGGAAUUAUUCGGACUCCUACUUGCUGUGCUGUUGGAAGGGUGAGAACAAAUCGAAGUUUGUUGCAGAACAGUCAUGAUUUUUUCCUUUGAACUUGGGAGUCGUUGACAGCAUUUAGGAAUUGUGUUAGUGUACACACAUCUUGGUGUAUGCAAGGGCACCAUAAGAGGAGGUGUUGAACAUUGUACUUAGAGUGGUCCUGUGUACCAUACAUUAUUUAGAUUAAGAUGUAUCCUGGAAGAUUACUGAUUAUCGUUGUGUUGUAAAUGGUUGUAAAUAAAGCAUUAUAAGAAGGAGAGGAUUAAAUUAAGCAUCUAUCCUUAUAUUUUCCGCUCC